AAUCGGGAGUCGCCACAGCGGAAUGAACUGGCAACUUAUCCAGCAUGUUUUUAUGCAGCGGAUGCGCUUCCAGCCACAACACAUCCCUGGGAAGCAUUAGGACACACUCAUUCACACAUACAUACACUACAGACAAUUUAGCCAACCCAAUUCACCUGUACCGCAUGUGUUUGGACUGUGGGGGAAACCCUCGCACCCGGAGGAAACCCUCGCAAACAUGGGGAGAACAUGCAAACUCCACACAGAAACACCAACUAACCCAGCUGAGGCUCGAACCAGCUUGCUUUGAGGCGACAGCACUACCUACUGCGCCACCGCCAUUGUUAGAAAAACAUGGAUACACCAUAAAGGAAGAAUGUAAAUCAGGUGUGAGUGGAAAGGUUUUUCUGGUGAUGGACACAGACGGGGAUGUUUUUGUGAUCAAAGAGAUCAUCUGUAGAGAUAAGAAGAGCCUUCGGGAUGUCAAAACGGAAGUUGAGAUUUUGAAGACCCUGAAACAUGGAUAUAUAGUAUCUUAUGAGGACUCAUUUGAAGAUAAUGAAGCUGGAUUCUUUUAUAUUGUGAUGGAGUAUUGCGCAGGAGGAGAUCUUAGCCAGAGGAUGAAAAUACAGAAAGAGAAAGCGUUUUUCGAAGAAGAACAGAUUCUUGACUGGCUUGUUCAGAUUUGUCUGGCCCUGCAGUACAUUCACAAUGAGAAAGGGAUUCUUCACAGAGACAUAAAACCUCAGAACGUUUUCUUAACUGAUGAAGACUACAUCAAUGUAGGUGACUUCGGAUGCUCAAAAGUGUUGGAAAGUGCUGAUGCAUACGCCCAAUCAGUCGUUGGAGCAGAACUCUAUGUUAGCCCGGAAGUGUAUAAGAAGAAAUAUAACUUCAAAAGUGACAUAUGGUCAUUGGGAUGGUUGCUCCAUGAUCUCUGCAUGCUGGACAUAUGGGCAACCAUUACACAGCGUCGCUUGAUACAUGCUCUCAGCAUGACAGGAGUUCUUCCUCAAAUCUCAGAAAGGUACUCACAGGAAUUACGGGAACUGAUUAAACAAAUGCUCAGCUGUGACCCUAAAGGCCGACCUUCAGCUGAAGACAUUCUAGCAAAACCAUUCCUGAAAGAGGCAGUCAUUAAAAAUAAGCGAAUUCCAAAAGCACUAGAACAAAAUUCAAAAACGUCCAUCACUGCCUUUGUUUCAACCUAUCAGGAACACUAUAAAAACUUUGAGGUUUUAGUUGAUGAGUGGGGAAAAACAACAGAUUCUCUUGAGGAAAUACAUUAUGGUACCACAGCAGGCAGUCUGUCAGGAGCGGUGAUUGGGACAGCAGGAGGAAUCACUGCAGUGGUUGGUGCAAUUCUGGCACCUUUCACUUUCGGAGCGUCUCUGAUUGUAGCAGGAGUUGGUAUUGGAGUUGCAGUUGCAGGUGGAGUAACAGGUGCUGCCUCCAACAUUACCAAUACAGUAAAACAAAAACAACUCGGUGAGAAGAUUGAAAAACUGAAGCAGGAAUAUGAAAGAGUAAGCACACCAAUUCUUAAUUCACUAAAAGCACUGAAACGGUUAAUGAGAAAAAUCACAAAGUUUCAUGAUUUUGUCUCAAACUCAACGUUUGUUAAUGUACAAAUGUCAUGGAGGUUAGGCAGGACCACAGUAACCGGUAUCACUCAAUUCCUUACUCUUGCAAUGCUGGCAAGUUUUGGCAGGAUUGCUAUUCACUCUGCCAAAGCUGUUCGAGCAGUAGCAGCAGCUUCAGGUGUGUUGAGUGGAAUCUUGGUUAUUGCUGACGUCGUCUUCAUAGUGAAAGACUCCAGAGAGAUUCACCAGAUGAGACAACAGUGGAGAACAGAUGAUCCAGAAAAGGUCAAAUCCAAUGUGCUCAAGUCGAUUGCACAGAUGAGGAAAACACACAAAGAGCUCUGCAAUGUCUUAGAGGAUGUGAGAAAAGCUAGAGAGGAGCUAAAAGAGUAUAUAGAAAUGGACAGGGAUGGUUAAGACUGAGACAAAGAUUUAGAAAGUUUAAACAAAGACUAAUGCAAUAUCAUACUAUUUUUCUGUGAACUUGAGUAAAAAAAUGUUUUGCAGAAUUUGACCUAAAUAUGUGUUGUAGAACAUAACUGCGUUAGUGUAGCAGUUUUACUCUGGUUGUGUGGUUUUUAAUAAGACGACAGCAACGUUGGUGGUCUCAGGUUUGAUUUAUUUUGCAAAAACAGAGCACAGUUAAUAUGCUGAAAAACGGGUCUCUCUCUUUUCCACUCAGGUUCGCAUUAGCAGAGCGAGAGAGCAUGCAACUAACUCAGUCAGCGGCGGAUUCAAUACUGAAGAUAGAUACAUUAAUAAUAACAAACAAAUUGACAAAAACAAAAGGUAAAAGAAAAUAAAUACAAAUAAAUAGACCACAAAAAUUUGCAGU